AUGGUCAAGCUUAGCCAAGUAAUCGAAUCCAAUCAAUCGAUUCGAAUUCCUCCCUCGGGUCUUGUAUCUGUAUUUGUAGGCGCAUCUCAUGAGUUUGAACGCGCUAUCAUUCGCAGUUUUGCUAAAUAUGGGAAUGCGCCGAAGAUAUACAUAAUUGAUAGCUUCGUCCUUGAAGAAAAAGCCAUUUCGUCUUUUGUUGAGGAAUUGGAAAAUAUUAAUCCGGCUGGCUCUUAUAAAACUUUCAAUGUGCGAAUAGGAAUUUUGUCCGAGGUUGAUAGGGUAUGCGACGAGAUUUGGAUAGUGGAAGGAUAUGUGGAUUUAUUAGUUAUGAGUUGUGGAUUUAUGAGAUUUCCUCGGGGAAAAGAUUGCAGUGCUUAUGAAGAAAGCCAUCUGUCAGAUGAAGAUGCACGUGGAGGUAUCCCAUUUGACAUAGCACUUCAAUUCUACAUUCGCCAACGCUUCAUCGGCAACCUUCUUCCUCUUCUUUCCAAAAGUCAUUGCCCGCGAGUCAUUUCACUCCUACUACCUGGAAAUGACAGUCCAACCUACUUCGAAACACUCGAUUCAAGUAAAAAGUAUCUGGAUACCGGAUCAAUCAACCAUGCCACCUCCCUCCUAUUCUCCGAAUACGCCAAAACGCACCCAGAAAUCACUUACAUUAAUGUUUUCCCAGGGAUCAUAAACUACGAUACUUGGGAUCGCAUGAUGAACCCCAUCCAGGGAAUCUCAUGGUAUCCGGCUACAGUUCUCAAAUGGACUAUGCCCCCAUUAUUUAAAUACUUCAUCUGCAUCCCCACAGAAGAAAUAGCAGAACGUAUCAUCUUCCUAGCAACAAGUGUUCGAUAUCCUCCCGGAAAAGAAAAAAGAGAUGAAGGCAAAGUGGCAGGAUUAGCAGAAUGUCCACCAGCUUGGAAACUCUCGGUUGUGAGAUCAAUGAUUAUGAAAGAUGGACGUGGAAAUGGUGUGUAUAGGAUUAAUGAGGAAGAUGAAGCGUGCGAGGAGAGUGAGGUUUUGACUCGGUAUCUUGAGCAGGAGGAGGGGAAGUGGCUUUUGGAACAUUCUGAGGAGGUGUUUGGGAGGAUGUUGAAUGCGGAGACGGUGUCUAAUGAUGCAAGUUGA